AACAUGCAUUUUUCAUGAAUCCAGGUGGUCAAUUCUGGAUAUAUUCCAUUGUUUUCUAAUCUAUUUUAUACCCAAAACCUGUCAUUAUUAGUUGCACAUUUACAGGAUGCAAUAACGUUCCGUCCAGAAUAAUUACCAAUAAUUCACGUACCAAUUCCAUUAAGUUAGUUUUUCUGCUUGCAAUAUUUUAUUUUUAUUUUUCAUAAACAAAAUGCUUCGCCCUGUUCUAGUAACUUUUCUCGUCAUCCAGACCAUAACAGGAAAUAUACUUCCGAAAAAUGGGCGAACGUUCACCUCCCAAGUCUCCUGGGAGGGACAGAACAUGCUGGCAAAUAAUCUACAGUUUUUAUGCAGUUUCAAAUCUCAGGACGGUUCGGACUGGACUCAAGCCUUGCAGGAUUCGAUUUUGGCCCAAAUUUCUAAUCCUAAGGACAAUGCGGAUGACUACGCCAUGAAGAAAACGCUAACAGAGAAUAUCAUCACUAACGCCAUGUCAAACUGCGACUCGGUCGAUGUCAUCCUUUCCGACCAGCCGGAGAAAGGAUGGCGACAAGCGGCGGACACGAAUUACAUCGAAAACAUUUUGCAGAACCUUUUUAGCGGAAAUAUUCGCGGAAUUAUCCAAUCUUACACGGGCCGAAGUACGGAACGCGUCUCGACCACGGUAUCAGACAUCUUUAGAUCACUCCUCACGAAUAUCAGCACCAUGAGGAGUGGCAUUACCAGUCUAGGCAGUCUUAUGGGGCGUGGUGGUGCAAAUGCUACGACAGAAGCUACCAAUAAUAAAGUAAAAGUGUAAAUUUCAUGUUAUGCCUACUAAUUAAACCACAUUAUUUAUUAAUUUAUUAAUGAACGUCGAACCGUAAUCAUUUAACGAGACAAUUAUUUAUUGACUAUUAACGAAUAAAUAUGUACAUGUUCAUACUCUCUGCAUGGAUUUUAUUAAUGGUGCAUGUGUGUACCAGUAAUAAAAGAAGUAUGUACAUAAUUCA